ACCACAUUCAUUGUCGCACUGUGGCGGUAAGCACUGACAUGUUCGUGCGGGACUAAACUGUAAGUGGAGAAGAAAAAUUGCUCAGUAUCGUAAUUACUGAUUAUAACAAACGGCUUUUGAAGUGACAUUUAUCCACAGAAUCUUAAGGAGUCCAGCUGUUGUCUCCGAAUCUACUGUAACAUUUAGUAUUACCGCGGGAUGUUGGUAAACACCAGUCCUUGUGUAAUACCGAGAGUGUUGAGGAGGUCGUUGGAUAACGUCAGGCGCGUUUGUUUUGGUCCAAAUGUCACAGAAAGACGACAGUGAAAAUGACAUUUGGAAUUAUAAACCUCUUGGGAAGAAAAAGAAGAGACGUCAGUCACCGAAUGCAGCUCCAAGUGUGACUAAAAGAAGAUGCACCGCCAGGAAAACAUCCAAAAAAGACACUUCUCUUCCAGUAAAGUCACAUGACGAGAAUAUCAAAGCAGCUGAAAGUGGAGAUUGUUCUGCAGUUGGUCAAACAGACGACUACAGUUGCUUAGACGUGCAUAAUUUAACCUCAGAACCAUCUCCCACUGAAGAGACAAGCCAAAGUGACAAUGCAGCCGAGGGUUCAUCCUCUGGAGACUUUUGUCCCAUCUGUCAGAUGCCGUUCUUCAUCCUGGUUGUGCAGUCUUCACGAUGGCAUGUUGCUGAAUGUCUUGACACUCCAAGGGAUACCUGGAAAGAAUGUCCAGAUGGCCUUCGGUGCUCCUCCACCAUUCCAAACCAUUACAAAAAGUUCAACCACACACUCUUGGCCCACAGUCGAGCAAACAGCGACACAGCCAUCCUCAGUCUGUCCCAGCAGGUGGAGAGCAGCGGGGACACCAGCCUCAGUGGUGUCCCACAACUGCUAGACAAUGAGGGAGAUGGCUGUAUGUUGGAGACAUCACAGGAUAGUGCUUUCAGUCUUUCUGCCUCAUCUAGUCACAGUGUUUCCCCUCAAAGUAAUCACACUGGAACACCUCAGUCGAAAUCAGCAAAUGGCCUUCUGUUACUGCGCUCUCCUGGUCCAGAGGAUUUUAAGAAAAAGAAAGGCUGGUUGUCUAAUAAAGGUCGAAAGUCAGUCUCUUCUUCUCAAGAAAGUAAAAAAGAACUUUUAUCCACUCCUGUCAAGGAAGACGGUGAAUGUGUCACCAAAAGUGAACCUUCCCCUUUCCAUGGUGAUGCAAUAUCUUACUCUCCUCUUUCAGAGUUGCCUGCAGAAACUGAAGUCGAUAAUAAUGACUGUAGAAAAGCUCUUUUUAAUAAUAAUAAUACAUUUAAAAAGGAAGAUGAAGACUCAAGGACACUCUUCAGCGACAGCUUCUCAAGUGAUGAUGAGCUCCUUGCUGAAUUCAUAGAAAAUAAUUUGGAACCCAAUAAUAUGCCCGUAAAUGAUCCAUCCUCCUCAAACUCCCAGCUAGGUUCAAUUUCCUCAUUAGCACCCACUAAUCAGUUAGCUGCCUCCACAGUGGCAGAAAGCAGGGUUGAUUCCUCAGGAGGAAGAGCAGCCCACGGUGAAUCUAAUGAAAUCAGUAAGACUAGCAUCCAGUCGCCGCAGAGUAUCGUUUUAGAGCGCCUCAGAGAGACUCUUCUAAGCUCAGAUAACCUACCUUUAAGAAACUUAAACAGUAGUGUUCAAACAGAGCAACAACACACAGCUUCUCCUCAGCCACCUUCAUCACAAACCUCCAUUGUCUCAAGAUCUCAAACUAUGCCGCCUCAGAGGGGUCAAAGCAAGGCGGGUCAGGCCUCUGGUCUCAAGCAGACGGACAUAGGGGUGUUUUUUGGCCUCAAACCGCUGAAGGAGAAGGAGAAACCAGCUCAGAGUGGACCAGAUGACCUCAACAACUCCUCUAUUCCAACAGCUGGUGAGAACUCUGGACGGGGAAGACAAAGGAGGGAAAGGCAGAGAAGAAGUAGGACUGAUGCAACCGCAGGUGCCUCACAGGCCACAGAAACUGUCAGUAGCAACAAUUUAGUGGAUGGUCAAGGAGGAGCAGGGAGAGGUGGGACCAGAGGAUGGAGGAGAAGCAGGUGGAAUAGAGGGAAUGCUGGUGGAGAAGCUGAGUUACCACGCCGCUGUCCGUUUUAUAAGAAAAUUCCAGGUACCAAGUUUGUCAUAGACGCUUUUCGGUACGGAGAGAUCGAUGGCAUCACUGCCUACUUCCUAACACAUUUCCACUCAGACCACUAUGGAGGGUUGACCAAAAACUCAACAUUUCCAAUCUACUGCAACAGAAUCACAGGGAACCUGGUGAAGAGCAAACUGAAGGUGGCAGAGCAGUACGUCCACAUCCUCCCCAUGAACACUGAGGUCACCGUGGAGGGCGUCAGGGUCAUCCUUGUGGAUGCAAACCAUUGUCCAGGAGCUGCCAUGCUGCUGUUCUUCUUACCUGAUGGACAGACAGUCCUCCACACCGGGGACUUCAGAGCUGAUCCCUCAAUGGAGACCUACCCAGAGCUCCUCAGCUGUAGGGUGCAAACGCUCUACUUGGACACCACUUACUGCAGCCCUGAGUACACAUUCCCCAGACAGCAAGAGGUCAUCAACUUUGCAGCAAGCAUGGCCUUUGAAUUAGUGACGCUCAACCCACGAACACUUGUGGUGUGUGGAUCCUACUCUGUGGGGAAGGAGAAGGUGUUUUUGGCCCUGGCAGAGGCCCUGGGGUCUAAAGUGUGCCUCUCUAGAGACAAAUACAACACAAUGUGCUGUCUGGAGUCGGAGCAAGUCAGAGAACGUAUAACCACCGACUGGAAGGCAGCCCAGGUCCACGUGCUGCCCAUGAUGCAGCUCUCCUUCAAUAAACUGCGGGAUCACCUGGUGCGCUUUUCACAACAGUACGAUCAGCUGGUGGCCUUCAAGCCCACAGGUUGGACCUUCAGCCAGCAGGUGGAAUCAGUGGAGGACAUUCAGCCUCAGAUCAGCGGCAACGUCUCUAUCUACGGAAUUCCGUACAGUGAACACAGCAGCUUUCUGGAGAUGAAGCGAUUUGUCCAGUGGCUUCAGCCUCUAAAGAUCAUCCCUACGGUCAACGUUGGCAGCUGGGCCAGCAGGAAGGCCAUGGAGAAGUGUUUCAGAGAGUGGAUGACGGAAACUAAAGCUAAACUGUAACCUGUUUUCCAGUAAAAUGUAUUUCAGGAACUCACCUGCCGCUUGUUGAUCGUAAAAGCAAAGCCAAUUAAUUCACAAGUGCUGUAUGACCUUGGGCCAUCUAUUUUACCACUACUCAGUCUAUUCCUUUUUAUUGAUGGCAAUAGCACUUAAAUCUAGAGGAAAGGGUUGCGAUGAAGUAAGCAAACAUGAAAUGCACCCAGGAAUAUUCACAUCUGUAACAAAAGUGUUUACAUUUAAACAUGUGUCCUCCAGACAUUGUAACACAUUGGAACUGAACUGGUUGUGCUACUUGCUGCAAAUGCUGCUCUUGAAACUGUGCAGUUAUCAUUUCAAAGGUCUGUUUUUGUAUGUAAUCAAAAUUUUUAUGCUGAAAAAUAAAUGUUUUAAACAUU